AUGAGCAAUCCAGAGAAGAAGACGAAGAUUCCGCAGCCGCCUAUGCCGGCGGCAAGCACUGGUAAUCUGCUUUCGAGCGUAGCACCACCGUCACAAUUGCCAAAUUUUGUAACAGCCAGUCCAGUAGUUGUUGCUCCAGCUGUUACUGAAGCUACAGCAGUUGCACCCCAUCCUGUACCAAUUCCAGUAGCUGUCCCAGUGCAACCAAUCAUUGUGCAGUCAAGAGAUGAGCCAACAGCAGCACAGGCAGAUAACUCUGAGAAGUUCAGCCCAGCAAUCCCACUUAGUAAAGGAGAACCAACAGUCUCCAUUAGGUCACCAGAGGAUUCGCAAACUACACAGUCUCCGGACUCGCUACCUGAUUCUUCCCCAGAGAUGGAUAAAAUUGGUGAUAUAAUACCCGGCAGCGGGCUGUUCACAUGGAUGAAAGGUGCGGUUGCUACCGGCGGCAUUCUACACCGUGUGGCUGAGAAGGCCAAGAGCUCUGUAGAUUCAGUCAUCACUACACUGGAUCCGCAGAUGAAAGAGUACCUUAAAAGUGGCGGAGACUUGUUGCUCGUAGUUGCGUCUGACAAAGAAGUCAAAAUAUCACCUAUAAGACAAGCAUUCCAGACUGUCUUUGGGAAAGCCAAUGUUGUUGGUUACGCGGCCCAAAGUGACGUGACAGCGACACAACCAGUGGGCUAUGCGGCCGCCUACGCCGCGGCCAAGCAGCGCAUCGCGCACGUGCGCUCCGUGCACGGAGACCUCAACAACAACGUGCCGGUCAUAGCCGUCGAGGGGUUCUUGCACGAGUCUGUUACUGACAGGUGGUACGAUAUGUCCUUAAUAAUUCUUUCGCAUCCCUCUCUGGGAAUCGAGCUCCAACUGCAGUCGCAAGGAACGCCUGUCCCUUCAGCUGCGGUGGAGGUGGCGCGGUCGGCUACACCCGCUGACUACGCACAUGCACAGACAGGGUUCAGUGUCACAAUCGGGUCUAUUAUGGGAGAUAGUCUUCAGGUACCGCACACACAAUGGCAAGAGGCAUCGACGGGAGUAUCUCGGCGGGAACUUUUACUGCUAGCGUGUUUGUCAAUCGCAGGCUCAUACAGACGGAUGCUCGCCAUCUCUGCCGCUGAGAGUUAG